AUUCCGUGAUGUCCAGUCCGAGUCCAGUUAUUUUCGGCAGGUGAAUAUGGCAAGGUGCAUUAUUGAGUUUAUUUAUCCGGCUUAAAAAAAGAAACACAAUUAAUUAAAAUAUAAUUAACCAACUCGAAUGCUCUCAUUAAGUAUGAACGAAAAGCUAAAAGCAUUUCGCCGCUUCCUCCACUGGGGACCAAUAAUCGCUCUGAGCAUAAUCAAAUGCAUUACUUUCAUGACACUGUACAUGAACUCGAUGUGGUGGCCACCAAAUGGGAGUCUUGGAGGUUUGCUGAAUCAGACGGUAUUCUUGCUGUUGUCGUCGAUAGCCACAUUUAACUAUGCUAUGGCCACUCUCCAUGGACCUGGUUUUCUACCCAAGGGUUGGCGACCAAAGAAUCCAAAAGAUGAACAACACCUUCAAUAUUGUAAAGUUUGUGAAGGAUUCAAAGCACCUAGAGCUCAUCAUUGUAAAAAGUGUAACCGUUGUGUAAUGAAAAUGGAUCAUCAUUGUCCGUGGAUAAACAAUUGUGUUGGUUGGGCAAAUCAUGCCCAUUUCACAUAUUUCCUUGCCUUCUCAAUUUUAGGUAGUUUUCAUGCUUCAAUCUUGCUCAUCUGUUCAUUUUACCGUGGCAUCCAUCGAUAUUAUUAUUUAACCAACGGCCUCCAUCAUCUGGCUACCGUACAGUUUGGCCUGAUAAGCAUUGUAAUGUGUAUCUUCAGCUUAGGCUUAGCCAUUGGAGUUGUGAUCGCCUUAGGAAUGUUAUUGUACUUCCAAUUAAAAUCUAUUGUAACCAAUCAAACUGGUAUUGAGAGUUGGAUUGUGGAAAAAGCUUUCUAUCGAAGAAGUCAGAACGCGGAAGACGACGAAUUUGUAUACCCUUAUGACUUGGGUGCCAAGGAAAACAUCAAACAGGUCCUUAAUUUGCUUUGUCAACCUGUAGGCGAUGGUAUUGAUUGGCCCGUUGUGGAGUCCUGCGAUCAGUACACUCUUACGAGAGAACAAUUGUGUCAAAAACAAGAGAAACGUGCGAGAACCAAAACAUUCAGAGCCAUUCGUCCAGCCACCGGAAGUUAUGUUCCUCUCUUUUCACAAGGAUUUCGAGUGUGUUUGUCCCCGCCGUUCACCGACGAACCAAGAAUCAAACUGCUUCCUGGAGAUAUAAUCAAAGUUACUCGUUUCCGCCGUCAUUGGUUGUUCGGAGAACGUGUCGUCGAAGAACUUGACAAUGAAUCAAAACGCACAGGUGCCAUACGAGGAUGGUUUCCAAGACGUUGUGCUAUCGAAUUAAUUGAACCAGAAAUGCCUUCCGAAAAUGAAACGACCAAUAGAAAGUCAAAUGGAGUUGCCAAUCAUCAUCACCAUCAUCAAAAUAAUAAAAAGAAAAUUAACUAACAUACUACUUCUAGAUCUAAAAGAAGAUACAUUGAUUCCAAGCCAUAAAAAGUAUAGUCUGUCUCUAAGUAUGUUAGUUUCUGGUCAACUAAACUUAAACAAAAAAAAAAAGAGUUUUAUUUUGUUAUUUGUUCUUUUUAUUGCGAUCAGCACAAGUGGCACACAUUUUUUCCGAUUUGUAGAGUAAAAGUAAACUAUGUAAAAAAGUAUGCGAUGUAAACUAACGCAUGCUUCUCUUAAAAAUCUAAACGUUUAUAUGAAUGAAAAUUAUACUAUGACUUCUUUUUAUGAAAGUGAUAUAUACCAUUUUUUAAUUUAAGAAAAACAAAUUAUUUAAAAUAAUGUAUUUCUAGUAUAAAAACAUUAAAAUAAAAAUACUUAAUAAUGUCUAGU